AUGGUACGGACGCGGUCACGCCGUUUGUUGUAUUGCACGGCUGGUUACCCUCAGUCAUCGGCGGUGGCUUUGUUGGACGACGACGCGGCCUCGAAGUUCGCAAGGAGCUUCUAUUCUGAUCUCGAUGCUUACAAGCGGGUGUCAGAGCGAGCGAACCAGACAGUUACCGUCCGCAAAGCGUUGGAGAGGUCACCCUUUCGCACGACCGCUGUAAAACAGCUCGUGGCCGGCUUCGAUAAGACCAAAAAGCCCGAUGGGACCUUUCAGCAUUCUGCGGAGAUGAAAGAUUUCUUGACAACCACGUUGUCGGCAAUGAUUUCAUCUGCGCCAGUGGAGGAGUUGCACAAUUACGAGAAGAACAAAGCCCAAUAUCAAGCAGCCGCCAAGAAUCGCACCCCAGAGCGGGCCAUGGCGGUUGGGAUUGGCAGUUGUCUGGUGGACCAGCGGAAUAAGAUGGACAUCGUAUCCCCGGCCCCCUUGGCCUCGAAGGGCCUGACUCUAUCGAAGGCGUCUUUUGGGAUCGAGGCAGAGGAGCCGACCGUGAAGCUAAACGACGUGUCCUCGAACCGCUCCGUGGCGCCGUGGUUCUCUCCGCCAGCAGCUAAUACAGGGCUGCCCGCAGCAGAUUUAACGGCGCUGCGAGCUGAAGCCGAAAAGCCGGGGUCUUUUGAUGAAUUGAAAAUGGGUGCCUUCUGCAACUCCAAGCACAAUCUCUUGUUCCGUCGUAGCGGCGCGCCUUCGGAUACGGAGUUCCCCUGGCUGCUGGCGAUGGACCACUACUCCAGUAGUGCCGUUGUUGUUUGGCCUGCUCGGCUCGCCAUGGUGCCUUUCUACCCUGGUGUUUUCGAGGUCGAGUUGGAUCUUUCUAUCGAAAGCUUGCCGCUGAUGGCCGUCACCACGUGGAGUGGAUUCGAAGCAGUGCGGUUCUCCUGGAGAUCGCCUGCGUGGACGCGGCUUCACUACCCCAACUCCGGGCUGCCACCAGCAAUACGUGGCAUCGUGACGUGCGAUCCAGAGCCGCUGAAGACCGUGGCAGCGAACAUGUGCUUCUUCGACUUCGACCUCGCCCUCCUCCGGUGGCUGGCGCCCCGCAUCGACAUCCCGCUGCCACGGAAUUUAACCCUCGCGGAAACGCUCUUCUUCAUGAUAUCGAACGUCCGCCCUGGGCUCACAGAGGACGAGGUGUUCAACAUCGUGGCCUUGCGCGUCGCAGUGGAGCCCGAGGAGUGCGCCGCUGAGUUCCUGCAGGUGGACGAGGGCGCCAAGUUGCUGAGCCCAGAGGACGAGAAGGAGAUAACGAAGCAGCAGAAAACGUUGUCGACUGACCGCGAGAGCAAAGCCACGCUCGUGGCAGACAUGGUCGACUGCAAAGCUCGGAGGCGGGCUGCCGCCGCCGAUGCUGCCGGCAAGGGCCGUGGCAAGGGUAGAGGGAGGGGCCGGGGCGCAGGCCGGGGCGGGCCUGCCCCGCCGCCGCGGUCAUUGGACCGAGAAGCCCUCGCGAUGAUGGAGCAAUCGGAGGCCAAAGUGUUCAUGCCGCCCAAUUCUUUCCUUUGGAAAAGCCGCGCCGAUGCAACGUGGCACGGUCGUUUCAGUGACUUCCCCACGCACAAUCGGAGCACGUCCCUGUGGGGAGAGGACGCCCUUUGGAUCGUGAUCAGCCUUUGCUGGCGCGACUGGUGCUGGUCGACAGCAACCAGCAUGGCAGACUGCCCGAUGACGGGUUUGUGGGCUGAGCCCGCAGUUUGA